GCGGACGCGUGCUGGCGGGAGCGCUUCUUGUCUUUCUGGACUACAACAAAAACGAGGAUUAGCUCUACUGCGUACAUUAAAGGAACAAAAUGACGGAGUUGCUGUCUUCACCUCCAAAUGAGAAGAUGGGUCUAAGUGCCAGCGAACUGUCUGAAUUCUUUGCCAUGUGGGAGGAAUUUAACUUCACAGAUGCCAAUGAAAGUAUAUCACAAGUGGAAGCACAAAUGUGCCCAACUUUAUUUAACCGUUCCGGUCUUCUUCAUGCAAUGUGCACCCUUUACGUCUUCAUUUUCAUCGUCGGCCUUGCUGCCAAUGCACUAGUGGUGUGGGUCAACCUACGCUCAGAGCGCCAUUAUCAUGAAACACACUUGUACAUCUUGAACCUUGCAGUGGCUGACCUGUGUGUGGUAGCUACUCUCCCUGUGUGGGUAAGCUCACUGGCACAGGACGGCCAUUGGCCGUUUGGCCAGGUAGCUUGCAAGCUGACACAUCUUCUGUUUAGCGUCAACCUUUUUGCAAGCAUAUUUUUCUUGGCGUGCAUGAGUGUGGACCGUUAUGUUUCAGUGGUACGCUCAGGGGAGAUAUCUCACAGACGGGGAAGGCAAAUACGCCGUUUAGUGUGUGCUGUCACAUGGCUCCUGGCUCUGUUCGCCUCCGUGCCCGAUACACACUUCCUGCAGUCGGUGAAGUCGUUUCACGGUCAUGUGACCUUGUGCCGUCCCGUGUAUCCCGAGGACAACCCUCUGCAGUGGAUGGUGGGCGUUCAGCUGAGUUUUGUGGUUCUAGGUUUUGUCAUCCCCUUCCCCAUAAUAGCCGUGUCUUAUGCCCUUCUGGCAAACACUCUGGGUUCCCCUAAUUCCCCUUUAGGUGGAGAUCAGGACCGCAGCGUGAGCAGGAAGGUCAUCCUCACGUACAUAGUGGUCUUUAUAGCCUGCUGGGCACCGUAUCAUGCCGUGCUCCUUGCCGACGCUCUAGUCAUGCUCGAGGUGCUUCCUCUGGGCUGUAGCGCGAAGAACUCUCUCUUUGUGGCGCUGCACCUCACGCAGUGCCUGUCGUUGCUCCACUGCUGCGUGAACCCGGUGGUCUACAGUUUCGCUCAUCGUCAUUACCGAUAUGACCUCAUGAAGGCCUUCAUCUUCAGGUACUCCACCCGCACAGGGCUGACACGUCUUAUGGAGGGCUCUCAAGGCACCGAGACGGAGUACGCAAUGGUGGAGAACACCCCUACAGCGGGGAGCUAGGGGACCCUGGGAACCUUCACCCUCCACCACCAAAGUUCUGCACUGCUUCAAACAUGACCUCACCUGACAUGUUUCAGAUUUGGAUUUCCAGAUAAACAAAACUGAAUUAGAACUGAAUGUUUUUCAUCAAAGGUAUAAAUGCUUAACGUUGGCCUCAGAGACAUUCAUAGCUUUUGAGCUUUUGGAAUAAGGCAGUUAUGCAGAAAUGUACCAAAGACAAAUGGGAUUUUAUUUAUACUCUGUAAUGUUGAGAUAAAUUGGUAUUAAGUUACAGGAAUGGGCACAUCUCACAAACAGUAAUUGGGUCAAUAAUAAUCAUGAAGAAUUUUGAAGCAAUUUAAUAUACAGUAUGGAAAAAUGUCACAUUAUUCUAAAAGUGUCUUCCUUCUAAAGAUAUCUAAGGUAAAAGAACAUAAAACCUUUUAGAGAGUUAAGUGAACAAAAUGUUUAUUUGUGUUAAUUGUAACGUUUAUAGUGGUCAAGUUAUCUUUGUAAGUGUAGUAACGUGGCACACUUGCUAAUGCUUUAAUUGCUCAAAGCACUUUGAGGAGGAGCAGAAGUUAUUAUCUCCGUGGCAAGAAUUUUAGCAUUGCUUUUGAAUUUUGAACUGUUACAGUUUUAAAGGAUCGAAAAAUCUUUAUAUUUGCAAAGAGCACAGUUUGAACUGGAUUUGAAGGAUAGAGUCUUUACAUGCUACUGCAUGUGUUUGUGUUUAUAUGUAAUUGCAAAAUGUAAUUUACAAAUACAUGUGUAAUUUACAAAUACAUGUAAAUGUUAUUUUUUUGUUCUUGUGAAUAUGAUGCUUUUUGACAGCUCCUAUUUUGUAUCAGAGCCUCCGAUGUUGUACUUAAAAGAACAUUGUGUUAAUAUUAGAUGUGUAUAUUUAGAAUUUCUGUUAGGUAUAUACACAUUCCUGUAUUUAAUUCUAUCAUUUAUUUUUGUUAUAGAGUUCUGAUGGAAUAUUAAAAAACCUAAAGUAAUUGUUUUGGAAAUAAAUAUAAAUUUGAUCCAUAA